UACUAAUUGCUCUGUGCAUGGCGAUAAGAAAGCGUCUUCUGCAUGACACAUACUUCGAGGGAAUUACGGUGGUUUUCAAUUGAUUUUCCGCAGGAAGGGCUCAGAACAGAACUCCCAAAAUGGUGGCCAUCCAGUUGUUUAACGAAAUCGGCAGCAUAUUCCGAAACACCCCUACAUUUGCCCUCGUUUUGGAGACCCUACUGGUCAUAACCGUGAUCUGGCUGCUGCUGCACAGGCGAGGAGGAGGUCGUCGCCGCCGUUUGACCAAGGAGGAGGAGGACCGCAUAAUCGCCGACUAUGAACCAGAGCCCCUGGUGGGGGACACCGAUCCCAAUCAUCCGCUGCUGCGUACCCGCAUCGUUCAGUCGAAAGUGGGCAAGCACAUCAAGGUCGACGGCCACGACUGCCUGAACCUGGGCUCCCACAACUACCUGGGCUUCCUCGAGGACCAGGAGAUUCUGGAUGAGGCCUGUAAGUCGCUGCGCAAGUAUGGCGUAGGAUCUUGCGGACCGCGUGGCUUUUACGGCACCAUGGAUGUGCACCUCGACCUGGAGGAUCGUAUUGCCAAGUUCAUGGGCCUGGAGGAGGCCAUUGUGUACUCCUACGGGUUCUCAACGGUGGCCAGUGCUAUUCCCGCGUAUGCCAAGCGUGGUGACCUUAUCUUCGUGGACGAGGCUGUUAACUUUGCCAUUCAGAAGGGCCUGGAUGCCUCGCGCAGCACAAUCGCUUUCUUCAAGCACAACGACGUCGAGGAUCUGGAGCGUCUGCUGAUCGAACAGGAGAAGCGGGACCAGAAGAACCCCAAGAAGGCGCUCAAGACACGCCGCUUCCUCGUCGCCGAGGGCAUCUACAUGAAUACCGGCGAGAUUUGCCCGCUACCGGAACUGGUGGCCCUGCGUCAGAAGUACAAGCUGCGACUGUUUAUCGACGAGAGCAUCUCCUUUGGCACUUUGGGCCAAGGUGGUCACGGAGUCACCGAGCACUUCAAUGUCGAUCGCGAUGAAGUCGAUCUUAUAUCAGCUGGAAUGGAGGGAUCCAUGGCCACCAUCGGUGGCUUCUGCGUGGGCUCACACUUCAUAGCCGAGCACCAGCGGCUCUCCGGUUUGGGUUACAUCUUCUCGGCCUCCCUGCCGCCCAUGCUCACCCAGGCGGCCAUUUCCGCUCUGGAUCGCUUCGAACGGGAACCGAAGAUCUUUGGGCAACUGCAGGCCAAGUCUAAGACGCUGCACCAGAAGUUUUCGCAUUUCAGCAAGCUGACCCUGCGUGGCAACGAAUUGUCGCCAGUGAAGCACUUGUAUUUGGCCCAGCCCGCCGAGAACUUUGACAAGGAACUAAAACUGCUCACAGAGCUGGCUGAUAAGUGCAUUGCUCGAGGAGUGGCCGUUGUGCAGGCUGCCUACUUGCAGAACAGGGAACGCCAGCCGGUGCGUCCCAGUAUUCGCAUCGCCGUCAAUCGUUUGCUGGAGGAUGCGGACAUAGCCAACGCCUUCGAGGUUAUCGAGAGUGUUUCCAGCUCCGUCCUUUGAGCAUACCUUUUGGAAAGGAUGAACGUUUUUCCGACAAGGGCCUUCCUGUUAAGUUUUAAGGUCUGCUGGCUCUAUCCAUUUUCCAAUCAUUUUGUUCACCACCAGUUCAGUAUAAAUUAUUUAAGCUUAUUGAUAGCAUUGCACGAAUAGCACUUUUUGAGUUCCAUUGCAAUUUAAUAGAAACUUUAAAUCUGGGAAA